UGCUCAUACUAUAACACCUAUAUGCUAUAAGAUGAUAUUUUUGUUAGCGUGAUACAUUAAAUCUGCAUUUAACUUGUGAUAGAAUUUGUAUUUUUUAAGGUUAACUUAUAAAAUUACCAAAAAUGUUGAUCAAAGUAAAGACUCUUACUGGCAAAGAGAUUGAAAUUGAUAUUGAACCCACGGAUAAAGUUGAAAGAAUAAAAGAAAGAGUUGAGGAAAAAGAGGGAAUACCACCACAACAACAAAGGUUAAUCUUCUCUGGUAAACAAAUGAACGACGAAAAAACAGCUCAAGAUUACAAGGUUCAAGGUGGCUCUGUGCUUCAUUUAGUAUUGGCAUUAAGAGGUGGUUUUUAGUUAAAAUAUAAAUAAAAGCAUUUGGUUUUUUUUUUUUUUUUGUAUGUUUAAAAGACUUACAUACUAAUUCAAUUGCUACUUUACUGAUUAAUAAUUUAAAUAAGAUGAGUAACAUUGACCAAAUAUGGAUGGAAAACUUGAAAACUUAUUAAUUCGUUUAUAAAUUAUUAUUAAUAAUAAUAAAUAUAAGCAAUGAUAAUUAUUUGUAUUUGUUUAAUUAUUAAUGAAAAUUAAAAAUAAAAUAAUUUAAUUAUA